UGUCCACAGUGAGCAGCUCUGAUAGGAAGUCUGGCCAAAGUGCACCAUAAGCCUCGGCCAUCAUCGGUGUGUUUGCUGCCACCAGAAUAACUGGAUUUUAUUACAAACUGGUCACCAACAGAUGGUUGUUUUUACUUUGAGUCCCUGAACAAACAUGUGGACCGUCUGGAAAACAGCUUUUGGUGCAAUUGUGAUGCAUUUGAAGUCAUUUUAGGAGAGAAAUGAGAGUGAAAAGCCGCCGAGCAGUGCUGUUCACGGCGGUGAAGAGGCGAUGUUUGGAGGCUCCACAGACAAAAUGCAGAGAGCACCAGAGCUCUGCGGGACUUCAACAUGAAGAGACACGAGCCCGCUAUCGGCCCCGCAACUUUCAGCCCGCUGCACUUCUCCAACAUUUAGUUUGGAGGGUUUUAUCAGUGAAGAGAAAACACACAAAGUGGCAUCCAGACUGCUACGGAGGAGCCAAGGGGCAGGGUUGAGUCUCCACGGUUCUCAUGGUGUGUUUAAGUGCAGCCUCGUGCUCCGGAGUCUCCAACAGUCUCUCUCUCUCAGUCACUGUGAUCACUAGCUGCGUCGGAACAAACGAGGAAACAAUGGCAGAAGAAGUAGCUCCAGCUCCAGCCGCCGCGCCGGCAAAAGCCGCCAAAAAGAAGGUGAGCAAGCCGAAGAAGGCCGGGCCCAGCGUGCGCGACCUGAUCGUUAAAACUGUGGCCGCGUCCAAGGAGCGGAGCGGCGUGUCUGCGGCCGCCCUGAAGAAGGCUCUGGCUGCCGGAGGCUACGAUGUGGACAAGAACAAGUCCCGCGUCAACACCGCCAUCAAAAGCCUGGUGGCGAAGGAGACCCUGGUCCAGACCAAGGGGACCGGGGCGUCCGGAUCCUUCAAGCUCAACAAGAAGGCGGCCGAGACUAAGGCCAAGAAGCCAGCGGCCAAGAAAGCGGCUCCAAAAGCCGCCAAGAAGCCCGCAGCCGCCAAGAAACCCGCCGCGGCCAAGAAGCCCAAGAAGGCCCCGGCAGCCAAGAAGGCAGCGGCCGCUAAGAAGUCCCCGAAGAAGGUCAAGAAGCCCGCCGCAGCGGCCAAGAAAGUAGCCAAGAGCCCCAAGAAGGCCGCCAAGAGCCCCAAGAAGGUGGUGAAGAAGGCCCCGGCUGCUGCCAAGAAGGCCCCCGCAAAGAAGGUCGCCAAACCCAAAGUGAAGAAAGCAGCACCCAAGAAGAAGUAAAGCUGUCAUCGCUCUGAUGAACAAAAGGCUCUUUUAAGAGCCACCACAUCUCCUCAAAGAGCCUCUUCCUGUUUAUUAUUCACGUUAUUAACCAAUGACUCAUUACUUAUAUAUAUAUAUCACGACUUUAACUGCUAGAAGAAGAGGGAGAGUAACAGGGGAAAUAUAACGGUUACAUUACAACUAGCUAUUGGCAUUUAGCAGAGUACAGGUACUGAGCAUAGACUGUAUAUAAUAAUAAUAAUAAUAAUAAUACUGUCUAUGGUACAGAGCCAAUGAAAUGCAGUUGCCAUCCAACUAGAAGUGCAAAAUAAGCAUUAAAUCCCAAAGUGCAGUAUUCUGUGCAGUUAUGUAGACGAUAGAGAUUAAUUAUGUACAACAGUGUAUGGUUAGAUAAAUACAGGUUUUCCAGAUUACAUGUCUACAGUGACAGAUAAGCAACAUAGAGGGUUAUGUA